AUGCAACUACUUCCAGAAGACGACAAGAUGGGUUCAACCAUGCAGGAAUCACUGUCCAAGCGAGCCCUUGAAAGCGCUGACGCCUUUGGCGCGAUGGCUGGCCUCAUGAAGGUCUUCCAGAACAUGUAUAACAAAGAAAAGAAUCCAAAUGGAAUUAUUUCGCUGGGAGUCGCAGAAAACAGUCUUAUGCAUAAAGAACUCGUAGACUACUACGCAGAUAAGAUUAAAGUUACGUCGUAUGACUUAACUUACGGCGCGGGCCCUGGUGGCUCCCCUAUCCUGCGGGAAGCCCUUGCUUCCCUCUACAACCGCAAAUUCUCUCCGACCUUUGAAGUAAAGCCUGAGCACGUGUACACUGCAAUCGGUGUGAGCGGCGUUUUGGAUCUACUUUUUCAUACUAUAGCUGAUGAGGGCGAUGCUAUACUGAUUGGACGACCGAUAUACACUGGGUUUGCACAUGACCUGUAUGGGAGGAGCAAGCUAAAGCUGGUGCCGGUGAGCUUGAAGGAUGUGGAUCCGAUGGGACCCGAGGCGAUCAAAUAUUAUGAAAAAGAGCUGCAAGUUCAAAGAAACAAUGGUGUUAAGGUUCGAGGAAUUAUUCUCUGCAACCCGCAUAAUCCUCUCGGGAAAUGCUAUACCCCCGAAGUCAUUAAGGAAUACGCCAAAUUCUGCAACUCCCAUCAAAUACACUUCAUCUCUGAUGAGAUUUAUGCCCUUUCGAUCUACUCCACGCCUUCGAAUACCAGCGCCACUCCAUUCACGUCCGCAUUCGCAGUUCCCGGUCUUAGGGAGGUUAUUUCACCACAUCUGGUUCAUGUUGUCUACGGAAUGUCUAAGGACUUCUGUGCGAACGGGCUUCGCAUGGGAUGCCUAAUUUCUCCAUGGAACGACCAAAUUUUCUUGGCAGCUGUCGUAGCAGUCGGACUUUUCCAAUGGCCGAGUUCUCUACCAGAUAUAGCCUGGAGAACGAUCCUUAACGAUCAUGAGUUCCUCGACCAGUUUGUAAUUGAAAACCAAAAGAAGCUGGGAGAACACUACCAAAUUCUUGUUGACUGGUUCGAGAAGCAUAGUAUCCCCUAUGUAGCAGGAUCCAACGCUGGUUUCUUCAUUUGGACCGACCUGAGGCGGUAUUUGGCGAAGAUCAAGUUACCGAAGGGUGAUGAUGGGAAGAUUCCUGGUGGGAAGACUAAUAUUCCCGGCCAACCCGAAGGGGCACAGAAGCGGGAUAAGAUUCUAUGGGAAAAAAUGAUAGACGGAGGUGUUUAUGUUGGAAGUGCUGAGAUGUUUUUUGGAGAAGAACAUGGGUGGUAUAGAUUCAGUUUCUCGACACCUAGAGAGGAAUUGGAGCUAGGGCUUUCGAGAAUGGAAAAGGUUUUAAAGAAGGUAGACGAGGAGGCGGCUUUGGAAGGGUUAGAAGGUUUGAACGUGAACUAA